UAUUUUGAAACGUUGACCUGAUUUUUUCGAGUUUCCAAACAAGUUUUGAAUUAAACUUUUUAAAGAAAUCUACCUAUAUAAAUAUGUUUAUAUGAUUAAAACAAGAGUAUAGAGGAAUGGACGAGCAUCACGUUACAAAAUUUAUGGUGUCAUUUAGCGGUCAAUUGGAGUUUAUUACUUUCCCAGCCGGCGUUUUUGAUGAUCAACUUUAUGUCCAGUAUAAUAUUGUAUGGGGACCUGAUUGGAAACCCAUAACAGGGCUUUCAUCUGGUACUAGCCAGAUAGCUCGCUCGGGGAGGGAUCCUGAAAAAGUGGUGUUUAAUUUACCUAUUGAAAUGGUAUUUAGUAGCACAAACAUUCAUGGGUGGCCACAACUUGUUGUGACUCUUCGAGCUAAAAAUUUUCUAACAGGCGACUCACUAAGAGGCUACGGUUUGUUUUUAUUGCCACCCGUUGUUGGAACAAAAAAACUUACCACUCAUUUAUUCAGGCCAAGGUCUGCAACCUUGCUAGGUGAUUGGUUGGCCUGGAUCAUUGGAAGACAACCAGAAUUAGCUGAGCCUACAAUGUUAGCCAGUGGGAAAGAUAAUUACUUAUUACGAACAGAAUCGUAUGGCACUGUGACAUUGAAAAUGGCCAUGAUAUCGAAAGACUUGAGGAAACUUGGCUAUGACAAUCAGCCUGCAUGGCAAUGUAAUGCUGAAGAAUAGGCCAAGGAUUACUAAUACAGCAUAUUGGAUCAAUGAAAAGGCCUUGAAAUAUAUUUUGCGUCAGGUGGCAAAAUUGACAAUUUAAGGAUUUUGGAACAAGAUUUAAAGCAAUCAAAUUAGGUUAUGCAAUGGUUUCAGCUAACUAUGGGCCUGAUGAGAAAGCCCAUGGUCGCUCAGGGGGCAAUUCAAAUUAAAAUUCAAAUAUUUUUAUUCAAAAUAGGAUGUGACAUCACUUAUUGAAAGUCAAUAAACUACCACCCAUUCCAAACAAACUCAGCGGGCUUUUUUUUUCAUCGAUAAAUAUGUUUAGAAAGUAAUAUUGUACAAUUUAACUUAUUAUUUAAUAGCCUGAAGGCGGUCACUCCAUUCCCAAUCUGUGGUAUUAUUAAGAAAGUCAUUUAUGUUAUAGUAACCUUUACCACACAAACGUUUUUUAACAAUUCUUUUGAAUAACGUAAUACUUUUGUUGCGAACAUUUUCUGGGAUCUUGUUGUAAAAGCAUAUACAUCGCCCCACAAAAGACCUACUAACUCGACUUAGCCGAGUAGUAGGCAUCAUCAAUGGAGAGUUUCCCUGCGAGAUCGAAUCAGAAUUGAGGAGAUCCGUUGGAGAACCAACGUAGCCCAAAUGAUUGCGAAACUGAAGUGGCAGGUCAAAUAGUUUGACAGACAGAUGGCCGUUGGGGCAGUUAAGUUCUUAAAUGGCGACCACGUACCGGAAGACGCAAGUUUGUUAGGCCCCUCACAAGAUGGACCGAUGAUCUGGUUAAGAUCGCCGGAAUAUGUUGGAUGAGGGCAGUGCAGGACCUAAGUAAAUGAGUAUUGUCCUGUGUAAUAAAAGAAAAUUAACUGAGAAAUUGUUUCUUUGAAGAUGGACUUCUUUUGGUGAGUUAGGGCAAAUUAACGUUGAACUUAUACGAUGCGCGCGCAUACCGACUCUCAAAUUCGACACCCCGACGUUAGUUGGUCAACUAGACUUAUUAAUUAUGUCUACCUAACCAAUAAAAUUAAUGUCAAUAUAUAUAAGUUGUAAAAUAAUAAGAAAUCUAAUUAUAUAAAAAUAAUUAAAUUAUAUUAAAAUAAAUGUUAUUAAACUACUAUUAUAUA